CAGGGAUCAGUUUUAGAGGGUCUACAAUUCAUAUUUUAUAAGCAAAGUUUUCGCUGUUGUUCUGCUCAGUCAAAACCAAUGGGAAAAGCUUCGAGAGAUAAACGAGACAUCUACUAUAGGAAAGCCAAAGAGGAAGGAUGGCGUGCCAGAAGUGCCUUCAAAUUGCUUCAGAUUGACGAGGAAUUCAACAUAUUUGAAGGGGUGAAGCGUGUGGUAGAUUUAUGUGCAGCACCUGGAAGCUGGAGUCAGGUUUUGAGUCGGAAUCUUUAUCUCCCAGCAAAGAUGUCACCUGAUUCCAAGGACAGUGAUCUACCACUUAUUGUGGCCAUUGAUUUGCAGCCCAUGGCUCCUAUAGAAGGUGUUAUUCAAGUUCAAGGGGAUAUAACAAAUGCACGGACAGCUGAAACGGUCAUUCGACAUUUUGAUGGAGGCAAGGCCGAUCUUGUUGUAUGUGAUGGUGCACCUGAUGUAACUGGCCUACAUGACAUGGAUGAAUUUGUGCAAUCCCAACUCAUAUUGGCGGCAUUGACAAUAGUCACACACAUACUAAAACAAGGUGGGAAGUUUAUUGCAAAAAUAUUUCGAGGAAAAGACACUAGUCUCCUUUACUGUCAGCUAAAGUUAUUUUUUACGGAAGUAACAUUUGCUAAACCGAAAAGUAGUCGGAAUUCAAGCAUAGAGGCUUUUGUAGUCUGUGAGAAUUACUCACCACCUGAAGGCUUUAGUGAAAAAGAUCUACAUCGCCUCCUCGAGAAGAUUGGAAGCCCUUCUGGUGCAGAUGAUUUAGAUUGCAGCAGUGGGUGGCUAGAAGGGCCAAACAAGGUGUAUAUUCCAUUUCUGGCAUGCGGUGACCUAAAUGGGUACGAUUCGGAUCGUUCGUACCCGCUUCCUAAAGGUGCAGAUGGAUCUUACCGGAGUUUAGAUCCGGUACAACCUCCUAUUGCACCACCGUACAAGCGUGCUUUAGAAAUGAAGAAAGCUUUGAGUAACGGAAUUCAGGGGUUUGAAAAACUUUCCCUUGAUCACUGAGCACUGAGCCCAGGUGAUCAAGUAAAUUAUUCUAUCAAUCAAUAUCUUUUGAAUAUUGUUCAAAGAAUAUGGUGUUGUAUUAUCUUUGAGGGAACUUGUGGGCCCGACAGAAGGUCAAAUGUUAAAGCAUAUCGCUACUAUUAUUAUGAUUUUUGAGAACGUUGUUAAAUGAGAUUCCAUCUU